AUGGGUCUCAAGUUGAAAUAUUUCAAUCCAUUUCCAAAGCUUAAAGAGGAAGCGGACCCAAAAAAGAUAGCCUUAGCCCUAAGUAUCAAUGUCCCAACUGUUCUAGACAAUUGGGUCGAGAAAGAGGGUUUCAAAGGUUUUGCCAUGAUGUUCUUGGAAGAAUUAGCUCUGAAGUUCAAGAAAAAAGGAAACUGGAACUCAUUCUAUGAUGUGUUGGCUUUAUUAAUCCAUGGGACUGUGCUAUUCCCAAACGUUGAAAAGUUUGUGGAUCAUGUAGCCAUAGAAGUCUUUCUCUUUGGCAAUCCUGUACCAUUUCUCUUAGCUGACAUUUACCAUGCCCUUCACGCUCGAUAUGAAAAGAGUGGUGGAACUUUGUUAUGUUGUGCUCCUUUACUUUAUACUUGGUUCAUGCAACAUAUGCCCGAAAAAGGCCCUUUUGUGGCAAAGGAACUUAAAUCUCUUCAAAGACUAGCUUCUUGCACCGCAAGUUCCAUCCGAUGGUAUAUCCGAGAGUGGGAAACCCUAGACAUCAUUGUCAACUGUGGGGAAUUUCCUAAUGUACCAUUGUUAGGUACUAAGGGUUGCAUAAAUUAUAACCCUAUGUUAUCUCGAAUGCAACACGGCUACUCCAUGGAUGGUCCUCCUGACACAAAGGACAUACAACCAUUUUUUCUCUUUGAUAUCCAAGCAAGUAAUCCUGAUGUAAGAGUGAUCCGAAAGGCUUGGUUGAAGAUUUUUAGGAAGGGUAAAGAGUUUGGAAAAAGAAACACUCCUGUCAAAGAACCUUACACUCGAUGGGUGAAAGAAAGAGUUGAAGAAAUCCACUUUCAAUUUAUCUUUAAUGCUUCAGCUUUUCCUAAAAUUCCUGAGCCAAAGCCUAUACUCCCUAAGGACAUGGAGAAACUCACUGCUAAGGUUAAGGAGCUCGAGUUGGAGAUUACCGAAUUACGGAUUCAGAUGAACCGAGCAAUCUUGGAAAAUAAAUAUUUGAAGGAUGAACAUAAGGGGAAACCCCAGGAACUUGAGGAUAGUAACAAGAGAGCCAGGCUAUUGGAAGACCAGAAGGACGAUCUUGAUCAUAUCCUUAUAGGUUGCACAUCAGUGAUCCGGACCAGGAAGGAAGAGCUCAAGAAAGCUGAAUAUAGAAUUUGUGAGUUAGGAAGAAUGUUGGAUAGAUCUCUUAUGGAAAAGAAAGAAAUUAAGCUCGACUUUGAGGCACAGAUCCGUGAACUGAAGGACACUCUGAAGAAAUGCAAAGAAAAGUUAUCUCGCGAGAUACUCUAA